AUGACAGUUCUUGUCGAUAAUAAUAGUGGAGCUGGCAGCGCCACCUCUUCAACUUCUACACAAAAUCCGGAAUUGGAACAAAAGGAACAAAUCAAACAAUUGAAAUCAAACAAUAACGCUACAACCAAUAUCCAACUCCCUUCUUCUUCUUCUUCUUCCGAAACUGUCAAAAGUGAACAAUCACCACCACUUCAACAACCCGCGCCACAACAACAACAACAACAAACAACUAAAUCAGAAUUACAAGAAAGUAAGGCUGAUUGGGAUACAAAGUAUCAGACUGAAUUACAAUUAAAUGAAAUGUUGUCAGAAUUUCUUAAAGAGGAUUUCGAGUUGUCCAAUAGUUUGGGCGAACCCAUCAACGAGACGGAACCAAUAGAUAUUCCCUCAUCGUCUUCUACGACCACUACAUCGCGAUCCACUCCAAUGUAUACAUCAGCCAACAAUCUCCGCGAAUCAUAUACCUCUGCCUCUUCUACACCCAACGUUCUCAGUUCCUCUGGCACCUUUUCCAACAGUCCUCUCAACCAAUCCGUCAAUGGCGGAAGUCCAAGUGCAAGCUAUGGAUCCCUCUCAUCGGCUGCCGACUCUCCAUCACGACACUCUACCAAAGAACCCAAAAAGGCAAUGCUAACCGAUCUCCUUGACCAAAUCGAUCUCGAAAGCAAUAAUACCACUUCUUCUCCAUCCUCCAAAGAAAAAGAUAAAAAGAAAGGAAAAUUCAAAUUCUUCUAG